UAAAUAGCUUAGAGUGCCACACUCUAUAUAUCUCCACCACAAAGGUUCCAAUAAAAAUGAGCGGAGGUGGAAUGGAGUCUAUGUCACGGCCAGCACCACCGGAUGAUGGCGGUGGAGUGAACGGCGGAGACCGGUGUGGGUAUGGUUUUCAUAUGCCAUUGCAUUACCCAAGAUACACACGAGCUGAAUAUGAAGCAAUGCCAGAAUGGAAAAUAGAUUGUUUACUUACUCAAUAUGGACUGCCUAGUAAUGGAGAUGUCUAUCAAAAGAGAAAAUUUGCUAUGGGAGCUUUUCUUUGGACCUAUUAAUUACUUUUUUACGAUGUAAAAUCUUGGGUGUGUAUUUAAGUUAAGAACUCUUCUUUUGUAAUAUGUAAAAUGCUGGGUUGAUCAUCUUUUUGUUUCUAGUAAAACUUUUUCUUAUAUAUAUAAUCAACUUAAUUAUAUUUACGCUUUA